UAAAUACAAAAUUUUUAUUUGUUUUAACAUAAUUUCAUAAGAAAUAAAUUAAUUGAGAUAAGAUGAUUAAGCAGAAUGGAUAAUAGAGAUAAAAUCUACAAAUAACUAUAAAUAGCACACGGGUGUAAUAUCCUGUGUAAAAUUAGUCUUUCUAAAUUAGUUAGAUUAGCGUUUUUAAAAACAAUGAACCAUUUUCUGCUUACAGUAAUUUUCCUUUAAUUAACCGAAAUGAUGAUCAAACUUGCAUCAGUUUCGUGAAACUCGUGUUUAUUUUCUAUUAAAAUAAAAAUAGUUAUUUCUAUUAUUAAUUCCUAAAAAAAAUAACAGUUUUUCUUUUCCUCUGGAAAGAAUCGUGUAAAUUAUGCUUUGAUAAGGAUGUUCACAAAAAUGUAUGUUCCAAUAAUGCGAGAAUUUCAAAACCCUUACCUAUUGCCGCAUAAUGGUUCAGUUAUUAAAAUGUUGGUUGACUCAGGGUUUAAUGACACAAAAAAAUACAAGUCUGAUUAUAAAACAAGCACGGUAGUUGUUAAUUUUGUUCCACGCAUGUUUUUACUUUUUGGUUGCUGGUUUAUAUCGCUUUUAGGAGUUGUCUCCUUAGUCAGAACUAUUCCAGAUUUAUCUCUUCCCACUUCAAUUGAAGCAGUAAAAAAGCAAGCUAUAAUAUUAGAAGAUUAUUCCAAUGGAACUUGGGAAGGAUAUGUACACAUAGUUACCGUUUUUUCAAUAAUUUAUAUCUGGAAACAAGCAUUCUCCAUACCCGGAGCGAUUUUCUUGAACAUUUUGGCAGGCGCUUUAUAUAGACCGUUAAUUGCUACUAUACUGACUUCUAUGCUUACUGCUAUAGGAGCUUUAUGUGCAUAUUUAUUGAGCAAAUUUAUUGGACGGCCAAUCAUGGAUCAAUAUUUAUCUGAUAAAUUAAACUUUCUAAGAAAACAAGUUGAUGAUCAUAGAGAUGGGUUGUUCUUUUAUCUGUUAUUUAUUCGAAUGUUCCCUUUAUCUCCUUGGUGGCUUCUCAAUUUAGCGGCACCGCUUUUAUAUAUUCCAGUCAGAACAUUUUUCAUUUCAUUGUUUUUUGGAUCAAUUCCAUAUAAUCUUGCUUGUUGUCAGGCUGGUGACAUUUUAUCAGAGCUUACUUCAACCGCGGAUAUAUGGCAACCAAUUUUACUCUUAAAAAUGAUGAUGGUAUCGUUAUUAAGUUUGAUACCUCCUUUAUAUGGUAAAAAAUUAAAGGAAUGGACAGAAUUACGUACCAAAACAAAUCAUGAUAUUAUUGUAUAAACAUUUAAAAAGAACGCAUUUAUUCUUGGGUUUCCAAGUCGUUGGCUAUGUUUUUGAUUUGUAUAAUAGGUUUUUUUUAAUCAUUUUUAGUAUUUGUACAUUAUCCUACAAUCUUUCUUUUUUUCAAAAAUAAUAUAAUACCUAGAAUUUUUUUUCGUAAUCUAGAACACACAGUUGUAAAUUUAUCAACGAAGAUCGUUGAUUUCUUAAUAUAAUUCGCAGUUAUUAAAAUCUACUAUAUUGAUCGUAAUGUCUUGCAUUCAUUCCGACAAGUUAAAACUUGAUCACCAACUAUGAAGAUUGAUCUACAAUUGUUAAAUUUAUUCUUUUUAAUGUAAAUAAAAUAAAUAGGAAUUUUAAUAAUUCUUUAAAAUCCCUUGUUAAAUUUAGUCAUUAUGAUGACGAUGACUUCUAU